AUUCAGUCCAUUUUUGACUAUCGGAUUAAUAAUAAGUCGUGUCCAAAGUAAAUUUAAAAUGAACGGGAAAAGCAAGUAUCUUCCGAGCUCGCAACUUUACGAUGCGAAAUAUUCACCCAUACAGUAUUACAACAAAUCCCUUGAAGAUCUCUACGAAUCGUUGAGAGAGAAAAACCUAGCCGACAAAAGGAAACUGAGAGAAAUAGAAAAAGCCAGACGUCUAGAAUUCGACAUUUAUCAGGGAAAAUUCUACAGAAUUUGUACGAAAUUAUGGAGGAACACCUUCGGACAUUUCGGCGAAGACUGGCUAUUUCUGGCCAUCCUAGGCAUACUUGUUGCUAUAAUAAGUUAUUCGAUAGAUCAAGGAGCUGCAAUGUGUGCAAAAGCCAGAACGAUGCUUUUCUCCGAACUAGCUGACAGGUAUUUUGCUAAAUGGGUAGCAUGGGUGUGUCUACCUGUAGUAUUGAUCCUAUGGGAUGUUGGAAUUACAUCCUUAAUAGCACCGAAGGCAGUAGGAUCUGGAGUACCUCAAAUAAAAACCUGUCUCAGAGGCGUCUAUCUAAAAGAGUUCCUAACUUUUCGAGUUCUGAUAGCAAAAUGGAUGGGUAUAAUGGCCACCCUAGGCAGUGGAAUGCCUCUAGGAAAAGAAGGUCCCCUUAUCCAGAUGGCGAGCAUCCUGGUGACCAAAAUGAGCAAAUAUUUAUCUAGUUUUAAAAGCGUGUAUUUGAAUGAAAACAAAAAGUUGGAGCUGAUCGGUGCAGCGUACGCUGUCGGAGUUGCUUGUACUUUUAAUGCACCAAUUGGAGGAGUAUUAUUCAGCGUAGAAAUUUCAACGGCCUAUUAUGCUGUGCGGAAUUAUUGGAGGGGAUUCUUUGCAGCAGUCUGGGGAGCCACAGUGUAUAGGCUUUUGUAUGUUUGGAUUGAUGGAGUCGAUACCAUCAGAGUGGUAUUUGCAACCAGUUUCAUCAACGAUUUUCCAUACGAUCCAUUAGAGCUUAUAUCUUUUGCAGUUUUAGGGGUAAUUUGUGGAUGCGCAGGCUCGUUUUAUAUUUUCAUCAAACGGGCAUUUUCGAGGCACAUGAAAAAGAACAAGCGCAUCCAGUGGCUGCAGAAAAGCAAUCGUUUUGUAUAUCCAUUUUUUGUGGUGCUUUUAAUAUCGACCGUUACUUGGCCACCUGGAGUUGGUCAGUUUAUGGCUUCAGAUCUUACACCCAAAGAUCAAGUGGUUCAGUUGUUUGGAAAUUUCACGUGGACCCAAGGAAAUCACACUGUUGCCCAACAGGAAGUGCUCAAACAUUGGAGUACUAGAUGGACUGGUAUUUAUGCUAAUCUGGUGAUAUUUAUUUUUUAUCAAUUCUUGGCUUCAAUUUUGGCAUCGUCCAUGCCAAUUCCAGCAGGCUCAUUUAUACCAAACUUCAGAUCUGGAGCUGCGCUUGGUAGGAUUGCAGGAGAACUUAUGGCGACAUGGUUUCCACAAGGUGUUCGCUAUAAAGGUAAAGUUACACCUAUUCUACCAGGAGCCUAUGCUACAGUAGGCGCAGCAGCGUGGAGCGGUGCAGUAACUCACACUUUAUCCACGAGUGUCAUAAUGUUUGAAAUGACGUCUCAAAUAAGCCACGUUAUUCCUGUAUUGAUUUCGAAUUUAAUUGCCAACGGAAUUGCUAGAUUCUUUACGCCUAGCAUCUACGAUUUGGCUAUUGAGGCUGGAAAAUUACCUUUUCUACCUGAUUUAUUACCUAGCAGCAGUGGAAUUUAUCAAAUCUACGUAGAAGAUUUCAUGAUCAAAGAUGUGAAAUACGUUUACUUGGGUAUCACCUACAGAGAAUUAAAAGAAACGCUCCGUAACAAUAAACAAAUCAAAGUGUUUCCAUUGGUGGAUAAUGCCCACAAUAUGAUUCUAUUGGGCAGUAUCGCCAGAACUGAACUGGUCGAACUUAUCGAGAGGAAAAUCGGUUACGGCAGGAGAUUGGAAAUAGUCAAGCAUUUAAAGGAGAAUGAGAAAAAUGAUGGGGAGGAAGAUGAUAAUACCAAACCAAAGGAGCAAGAUGAAGUAAGACAAAGAAUUUUCAAUAAAUACAAUUUGAACAGAAUGGGCUUUCCUGGUAGUUCUCAGAAUAGGAAAAAUCUUAUCAAAGAAAAAUUAUCAGCUGUUCGUAUAUGUGACUUACCCCAACCGGAACAAGACGCCUGGGAAGACCAGCAACUCAACCAACAAGUCGACUUCACUUCGUCUCAAGUCGAUCCGGCACCGUUUCAAUUAGUAGAACGUACGUCCCUCCUCAAGGUGCACUCGUUGUUUUCCAUGAUGCACUUGAACACUGCGUACGUCACUGCCAUAGGAAAACUAGUAGGGGUUGUUGGUGGUAAAGAAUUGAGGCUGGCCAUCGAGGGUGCUAAUAGUGGAGCUUUACCGAAAAUAAUAAUGGAUAAAGAGGAAGCGAAACAAGAAAGCUUGGCAUUACUCAAGCAAGGCUAGAAAUGUGAAAAUAAUUAUCAUAUAAAGAUAAAAAUUUGUACAUAAAAUAAAUCUUUAUCAAAAAUAAAACCAAGUAAAUUUUAUAAUUAUUGAACAAUAAGUACCUAUAUUAAACUGUGCUACAUGAAAAAUUAAAGUUCAAGAUAGCAUAUAGAAACAAUGAAAACACUAGUACCUACUUUUUGAACCAUUUGUUUCAAUGUUUCCACGCUUGAGCAGCACAACGUUAAGAACAAACAUAAUCUAUGAUAAAUAAAUUCCAUUAACGGAAAUACAACAAACUAAAUAUCAGAAACGAAAUACAGCUGAUAAUAAUCUAGAAUGAAUCCGUAAAUUUUCUCUUAUCAGAGCCCUCCUUUCUGGCAGCAUUAAUUUUAGAAGACUGCUG